AUGACACCCGUUGGUGCGGCACUCUGGCGUCAACUGCGUGCCCAUCAAGUUUAUGGCGCGAACACAGAUGUUGGCAAGACAAUUGUAUCUACACUCUUGGUGAAAGCAUUAUCGGAGAGGAGCAAAGUAGGAUUUCUGAAGCCUGUAUCAACCGGUCCAUUAGAUGAGGCAGAUGAUAGGCACGUGAAGCAGUUCACGGCUGGGAACAACAAUGUGAUGACAAAAUGCCUGUACCAGUUUGACGACCCGGUCAGCCCACAUCUUGCUGCACAAUCCAGCCAGCGGCCUGACGACAAUGAGAUACUACGCUCUGUACAUGAUACACUAGCAUCCUGGUCCGCAAAAGGGGUUAAAAAUGCUCUGAUCGAGACUGCCGGAGGUGUACAUUCUCCCGGUCCUAAUGCGACCAGCCAGGCAGAUCUUUAUCGCCCUUUGAGACUCCCUAUAAUUCUUGUCGCUGACUCUCGCUUGGGUGGCAUUUCAUCUUCAAUUUCCGCGUUCGAGUCACUAUUUAUACGAGGAUAUGAUGUUCAUUCUGUUCUUUUGUUUCAUGACGACUACUAUCAGAAUCACGAAUACCUUGAUGCGUACUUUUCGAAAAAAGACAUUCCUCUUCUAGCAUUUUCGAAGCCUCCGUUACGUCCCAAGGGAAAUGUGACUCUUGAUUCUCGAGCCGAGGACCAGGAGGUCAUGAGCGACUAUUAUAAAUCAGUGCAGCGAAGUUUUGAUUUUGAUUCAUUAUUGAAAAGAAUCGAGGAAAAAUCAGAGCAGCGGAUUGAAGAGUUAGAAAAGAUGGCCACACGCGCACAUCAAGCUAUAUGGUACCCUUUUACACAGCACCAAGGAAUGGAGCCACAGGAUAUAACGGUUAUUGAAUCUGCACAUGGUGAUUACUUCCAGACACUGAAGACAUCACCGGGCGCCGACAAGAAACAAGAAAGUCAUCUACUGCAGUCAACAUUUGAUGGCUCUGCCUCGUGGUGGACGCAGGGCUUAGGCCACGGAAAUUCAGAAUUGGCUCUGACUGCAGCUCAUGCAGCUGGGAAGUAUGGACAUGUUAUGUUUGCUGGGGCUGUUCACAAACCGGCCCUGAGUCUUGCCGAGCUGCUUCUGCAGAACCUGGGAAAUCCAAGGUUGCGAAAGGUCUUUUACACUGACAAUGGCAGCACGGGAAUGGAAGCUGCCAUUAAAAUGGCUCUUCGAGCAUCUUCUUUGCGAUAUGACUGGAACUCAUCGACAGAAGAUAUCAAAAUUCUUGGCUUGAAAGGAAGUUAUCAUGGAGACACUAUUGGCGUGAUGGACUGUUCCGAACCCUCAACAUAUAACAAAAAGGUCGAAUGGUACAGAGGAAGAGGACAUUGGUUCGAUUUUCCAACCAUUGGAAUGAAGGAUGCCCAAUGGCAUGUGUCGGUUCCAGAUAUGCUGGUACAGGAACUAGGUGAGGGAGAACAUUUCGAGUCAUUGAACGACGUUUUCGAUCUCGACAAGAGGCUGCAGUCUUCCACUGGACAAAGGUAUAUGAAAUUCAUCAAAGAAACCCUCGAUAAGUUGGUCAAUAAGUAUGGUUGUAAAUUUGGGGCAUUGAUUAUGGAACCGGUACUUCUGGGAGCGGGUGGUAUGCUUUUUGCGUAG